AUGGGGGUGCCGUCUGUUACAACAAAUCUGUCAGGAUUUGGAUGUUUCAUUCAAGAGCAGGUACAAGAUCCACAGUCCUAUGGUAUUUUUGUUGUUGAUCGACGAUUCAAAGGUCCAGAUGAAUCAAUUGAUGAGCUUGCCAAAACUCUUUACAACUUUGUGUUGCUUUCACGUCGCCAACGUGUCAUUAUGCGAAAUCGAACUGAGCGACUCAGUGAACUUCUGGACUGGAAAACUCUCGGAACGUUUUAUCGGGAAGCGAGACGACGUGCAUUACAUGUGACCCAUCCAAACUUGGUACAGGUAAUCGAAGAAACGCUGAAAAAAAUGCCACGUCCAACGUCAGCACCUUCAACACCGACAACAAGUCGUUCGGGAUCACCCCAUGAUACUGAUGAAUCAGAUACGGAAGAGCAGGAAGCGUUUGAAGCGAAAGCAUGGGCUGAAUCAAAUUAG